AUGACCCAUUCGCCCUUGAGGUCCCCCGUCAGACCCAGCCCGCCGCACUCGGUCUCCGCGGAGUCUCCUUCGCGGGUUUCCGCUCAUUUCGUCUCCAUCACACAUCCAGGUCUCUCCAAGCCGACUGUAGCGCGGGGCAGCACGUGGCGUACGCCUGACCUCCUCCCGCCGUCGUCGCCAUUCCAUCGUUCGCCUCGUUUUUCUUCUGCGUCGUCGGCGACUUUCGACGCGUCUGCGACUCCUUCGACUCCUUCGUCUCUCUCGGUCCCGCCGUCUUCCGAGUCGUCGUCUGGCGAGCCUCUUUCUCCAGCGCCGCAGUCGUCUGUCGAGUCUCCGGCGCCGCCGCCGUCGGUUCGUCCGUCUCCGCUGCCCUUUGCUUGCUCUGCCUCUCCCUCUCCGCUGCGCGCGGUGCCCGCGCCGCCGACGCCGCUCCCGUUCGCGCUCUUCAAGGAGGCGAACACCUGGGUCGAGUCUCUCAUCGCGCGGCACCUGCUUGAGACACACAAGCGCGGCAGGCGCAACGAGCCCCCGCGGGAAGGGCCUUCUCUCAACUGGGAUCUUCUUGCCGAUGGCAGGAUCUUGAAAAGACGCAUCGAAGGCGGCGAGGGCGACCUGUACCCGUCGGCGCGGACGAACGUGACGAUUGAGUUCUCGCUACACACGCUCUCGGGGUACAAGAUCGCCGACAACCGCGACUUCAACACGACGAUGAUGGAGUUCCCCUUCGAAAACGCGAUGCCGGGGAUGCAAAUUGCUCUCGCUAGCAUGCGGAAGCUGGAGCGCGCCGUGUUCCUGCUGAGCCCUGAGACGGGGCUCCCGCUGGAUUUCUCUGUCGAUCUCGCGACGCAGCGGAUCCAGGAAAUCGCCCUUCCUCGGCAGGCGCGUCAAGAGGCAGGAGUCGUUCCGCCGUCUAAGACCGCAGGCGAGGCCUCACGCAGAGAUGAAGCAGACCAAGUCCUUGAAGAGUUCACUGUGCGCGGCGGCGAAUGGCUCGCAUUCGACAUCAAGAUGUGCAAUAUCUACGACAGCUACAAGCCCUGGUGGCGUAUUUCGCCGGACAGGGAAUUCCUGAAGAACCUGCCCGUAGAGCAUAUUCCUGAAAACAUGACUCACGGCCAGUGGCUCGAGCUCAAGUCUGACCAAGUGCGAGACAAAAUUCAGGACGAAAUGAGCUCCAAUCCGCACAGUCCGUACUGGGAUGAUAUUGAGCCAGCCAUGAACGACGUGCAGCGGGAGAAGAAAGACAACUACACGCGGCGCCUGUACGGCCUGGACACGCCGCCAGAUCCCCGGCGCGACGGCAGUCGAGGCUUUCGGGACAGCGUCCUCGGUCGCUCUGGGGGCAUGCGGCACGGCUGCGAGAUGGGCGACCGCAUGAUGGGGAAGGCGAAGCACUAUGUGUGGCGAGAAAGCAUGUUCAACUUCGAAAUCGUCCUUUUCGUGCGAGAAGGCAUCCGUGCCGAGCACAUCAGCUGGGACAUCAGCAGCAGGCGACUCGACAUCUUCUUCGGCGGCAAGCGGGUUUUCGGCGACGAGUUCGUUCAUCCUGUGGACCACGGAGAGGGAGCGACAUGGACGCUCACGGAGGCUGCGACCAAGCACCCGGCGAUGCCGCUGAAGCAGCUGCACGCCUUGUACGACUCAACUCCGCUUGAUGUGCCGCAGCGACUCGACUUGGCGGAUCCGUCUUUAGACAGCAACGCGCUGAGGAAGGCGCCAAUUGAAACUCCGUACGACUUUCCCCGUCCACAGCCUAUAGGGCAAUUGCCUGAUGAAGAGACAAGCUACAUGAGCUCCGUACUACUGUCUACCCUUAGGGGAGAACUUGAAGACCCUAAGCUCCCUGUUCACCAGCCGGCGAUGCAUAUUACACUCCCCAAGGCCAGCAACUGGCGGGAAAUGUGGGGGAAUCCCUUCAAGUUCGUUUGA